AUGCACACCCAUCAUGAAGCUAGCCAGAGAUGCAAAAGUGAAGGAGAUGUCUAUGACUGUAUUGUCAUCGGCGGUGGACCUGCAGGUAUCUCAGCGGCUACGGUUCUGGCGCGGCAUGCAAUGCGCACGAUCAUUUUCGAAGGUGAAGCACAGUCCUACACGAAAAGUUCAUCCAGCAACUUGAGAACUUGUGAAGGUCCUGGGACGUGGAAGGCAUUGAAGAGCAGUCUCGCUUCCCGCCGAACGUUUGAUUUUGUGACUUUUGAAGCCACAAACAUCCAAAAGAUUGAGCCAGCCAGCGACGGGCAUUUUAUGGUGACCAAUUCUUCAUCUUGUACAUGGAAAGGCCGAAAAGUCAUACUCGCGACCGGUGUCAGCGAACUACUUCCGGAUCUUCCCGGCUUCGAAGAAUGUUGGGCCCAGGGAAUAUAUCCCUCCGGUGCUCGUCACCAACUGUUACACAGUAGGGAGGGCGAUUUAGAAAGAGUCCAGUCUGUUGGAAUCCUCGCACUCAACGAGCUGGCGACCGUCGAUCGAGUCACGACCCUGGCACUUUUGGCUCAUAGGACUGCUGGAACCAUCAUCGUGUACACAGAUGGGGAUGAAGAGAUGGCGGACAGGAUACGUAAACAUCGGAGCCUCACUAUAGCUUCAAGCUCGGGGAGUGUUUUGGUAGAUUCGCGACCCCUUUUGCGAUUCACCAAGCAAGAAAGUCGAAACGGCAAGAAUGAUCAAUCGGUUGAGGUGCAAUUUGUUGACUGUUCCWGCCAGAUGAACGACUAUCUGAUACACGAGGCAAAGACACAACCAAAAGGAUCUUUUGUACAUCAGCUAGGUCUGGACCUCACCGAAAAAGGUGACAUCAGAGUCGAGCCUCUUUCACAGGCCACAAGCGUGGAUGGUGUCUUCGCAGUGGGGGAUUGUGCAAGUCCAAUCAAAACGCUAUUCCAAGCAGUGUCGUUGGGAGCGCUAGGGGGCGAGUCAGUCUCGGUGGAACUGGCGGGGACUAUCUGA